AUAAGUAUAUGUCAUAUUUAUUUUUACAUGACCAUAAUUUAAAAAUUUUACUUAUGGUUAAGUAAGUUGUUUUAUGGUUAAAGACUUAGAAGGAGUUAUCAAGAAAAUUAAGGUGAAGGUCAGAGAAGUAAAUAACUUAACUCGUGGGGAACGUAUCAUUGUGGACUUUGAUGAGUUAGGCAUGGAAAUUGGUGAAGGACAAGGCGUGCUUGCAGGAUAUUGUGGUACAUUGGCAAUUGAUUGUAAUUUGUUUCCAAUUAAUUUUGAAAGAUGGUCUGGGAAAAUAGGCAUGCCUGACACUUACUUCUUGGAAUGCUUUAAGGAAAUAUUACAGCCUCGAUUUUGUUUUAAGAUUGGUGAAGCUAGUGCACAACGGUAUUGCAAACUAACUCUUGGUAGGAAGUGGGUUGCACAUAGGCAGAACUUAUGCAAUGAGUUCUAUGAUCCAACGAAAAGCAAAAAGGAAAUCAUAAGUAAUGUGCCAAAUGGUAUAGACAGAACUCAAUGGGCUCAUUUUGUUACUUAUCGUCUAAAACCGGAAACAUUGGAGAUUUGUAAAAAAAUAGAGAAAAUCGUAAAAGCAAGUAAUUCCUCAUACCGGUGGUUCUAAACCUAUGUCAAGAAGAAGACAUGAGAUGUUUUUGGAAAUUGGACAGCUGCCUAGUCGGGGAAAGUUAUACAUUGAUACUUAUAAAAGAAAGGAUGGAUCAUU